AUGACGACUCCCCUACCACCCACCCAUCGCGCCCUUCGUCAGGAUGUCUACGCUGAGCCACCUACAGUCCAAACGGUGGCGACACCACAACCCACCCCCGGCUCUGCUGUCCUGAAAGUCCUCCAGGCCGGUAUCCUCAACUAUACCAAGGACGUAUACAACGGCGUGCGCAAGCACCCUUACCCCGUCCCUCUCACUCUGGGACAAUCUGCAGUCGCGCGGGUCGUCGCCCUGGGUGAAGACGCCACCACCCUCAAAAUCGGCAACCUGUGCCUCCUCGACAUCACUAUCCGAGGGAGAGACGACAUUGACCGCUCUGCUGGCGCGACGUUCCUUAGCGCAAUUGUUCAGGGCUUUACGCCUGCGUCUGCGCGGCUUAUGGCUGAUGCUUGGCGCGAUGGGACUUAUGCAGAGUACGUGCGCUGGCCUUUGGAGAAUUGCUACGUUCUCGAUGAGGACCGGCUGUUCAACAAGCUUGGCUAUCAGAUGGGUGAUCUAAUGUAUAUGACGAAGCUGAUGGUUCCAUAUGGAGGGUUGGGAUCCCUGUGUAUGGACUUGAAGCCGGGCGAGACUGUGGUUGUGUAUCCGGCAACAGGUGGGUUUGGGAGUGCGGCGGUGCAUUUGUGUCUCGACUUAGGGGCUGGGAGGGUGAUUUGUAUGGGUAGGAAUGUUGAGGCGUUGGAGGGACUGAAAAGUGCGGCAACGCCGGAAAAGAGGCCGAGGAUCGAGACUGUGCCGUUGUCGGGGAGGUGGGAGGAGGACCUCAAGGUAUUGAAGAGUCUCGGCGGGAAUAUUGAUGUGUUUUUCGACAUUUCUCCGCCGACCGCGGGAAAGGAAGUGUUGAAGGCCGGCAUGGUGGCGUUGAGACAUGGUGGGAGAAUGUGCAUUAUGGGUGGUGGCGACCAGGAUAUCCCGCUGCCAAACGGGGUGUUCAUGCACAAGGAUCUCACUCUCAAGGGCAAGUGGAUGUAUGAGCCCAUGGAUGUGAAGAGGUUGAUCAGUCUGGUUGAGGCCGGUAUUGUGAAGCUGCACAGGCAGGGCGAAGCAGUGACACCGUAUGGUGCCAGUGUCGUCGCGAAGUUCAGUUUGGAGGAUUGGCAGAAGGCUUUUAAUGAGGGGGAGAGGGUUGGAAGUGCUGGGAUUGUCGUCUUCGAGCCAUGA